CAGCCCGGCGGCGGGAGGGAACGAGGCGGGAGCGCGGCAGGUCCUCGGUGCAGCAUGACGGCCAUCGCCGUGCAGGCCCAGAGGCUGCUGGGCCCAAGGAGGCCCCACCGGUGCUUCUUUGAAUCCUUCAUCCGAACCCUCAUCAUCGUGUGUGCCGCCCUGGCUGUGGUACUCUCCUCCGUCUCCAUCUGUGAUGGCCACUGGCUCCUGGCUGAAGACCGCCUCUUUGGGCUGUGGCACUUCUGUACCACCUCCAACCAGACCGGGCCACACUGCCUCAGAGACCUGAGUCAGUCCCAUGUGCCAGGGCUGGCUGUGGGCAUGGGCCUGGCUCGCAGCGUGAGCACCUUGGCCGUGGUGGCUGCCAUUUUUGGCCUGGAGCUCCUCAUGGUAUCCCAGGUGUGUGAGGACCUCCACUCACGGCGCAAGUGGGCCCUGGGCUCCGUCUUCCUCCUCAUCUCAUUUGUGCUCUCCUCUGGUGGGCUCCUGAGCUUUGUGAUCCUCCUCAGGAACCAGGUCACGCUCAUCGGCUUCACCCUGAUGUUCUGGUGCCAGUUCACUGCCUCCUUCCUCUUCUUCUUGAAUGCCAUCAGUGGCCUGCACAUCAACAGCAUCACCCAUCCCUGGGGCCAACCAAGGAAAUUUUAGCCUCCCCCACCACUCCGAAGGCGUCUGAUUCUAUAAGAAAGUGUGGUCAAGAUGGGACUUUUCCAACGUGUGACCUCUGGUGGGAUAAGGGUGGGACAGUGACCUCGAAACUGCUGCCUCUUGGCCAGUAACUUUUGGACAGUUAGCCAGAAAUGGCCCAGGGACCUUUGCAGCUGGUCUGCAGGGCCAGAAGUCAGGAGGGUGCCUCAGUGCCACCAGCUGCACAGGCUUAGCCAAGUUAUUAGAAUGUAGAUUUUAGAAGAACACAUUUUAAAACCCUUUUCUUGAAUCCUUCUUCCUGGGCAGCUCUGGUAACUAGUGCUUGGGCUGGCUACACAUUUUAGGGCUCUGUACUGGGAUAUAAGCUGUAGGGUUCCUAGGGCCUCCCAGGGUUGCUAAGAGUGGGUCAUUUUUGCCAGAUAAGGGUGUCUAGUCAGUGCCUAGGACUUUUCUUCUACCAGCUCAAAGGACCUUUGUGUGCAUUUCCCUGCUUUAGCUGUGGUCAUGCCAGGGAGGCAGAGUUCAGGAUUCCCUCAGAGUUUCUUGCACAUGGUAGGUUUUCAAACUAUUUGUCUUGAUUCGAUCCCUGCCCUUUGUGGAACCCAGUAAUUUCUGGAUAACCCCAGCUUGCAGCAGCUGGCUGACUCACUUUGAGAAAAAUUCUGAGCAAGACCUCCAGGAAGGUCCACCUGAUUUCUAAUGCACAGCCCUCCCUGAGGUGAGAGUGUGUGUGUCCAUCUUUGCUGGGGUCCAGACAGCCUCAGGGUGCCAUAUUUGAUCCUAGAACACAUUUCAAAGAACACACAUCUGGACCUUGGGUCAUAGUUAAUAACUAUCCUGGGGAUGACCGCAGGUGAAGGGGACCAGGAACCAGUGGAGAUUUCCAUCCUUGCCAGCAGAUCAGUGUUUGGGUGCCCUACCUUACCCCAUUUACAGUCCUUUUUUUGCCCUCAGCGCAUUCCAUUCUACACUAUUCCCAUCCCGCUCCCCUACCCGAUGAAUUCUGGUCUACCUUGGUUCAUUCUGGCUGCCACUAAUCCCAUGAGGUUUUGGUUUCUGCCCUGCCCUUGUCAUGGCUGGUCCUUUUCCUGGGCUGGCCUGAGCACCUAUACCUACCUCUUGUGAUUUUUUUAAAAAUUUUUAUUCCAAAAUGUAUAUAGUCUGUGGAGAUGCUUCAAGAAAGGUGUUGUGGACCAUCUGGUAUUUUGGGAAGCAGAACUCAUUACCGUAUAGGCUUGGUUUUUAGUCCUGGAAGUGGGCACCUGGCUUUCUCGCCAGAAGCAGUCUACAAGAAUCAAAGGGUGACCUCCUUGUCUCUGCCGGGGAGAGGUGUGAAGGUGGAGAGCCAGAGCAAGAGAGGAAUAGCACCCAUCCAUGGUCACCCAAAGCCAGGACUAGAGCUGGCCCACCCACCAGCAAGAUGCUCGUUCCUCUACGCUGGGGGAGAGUUCUCCACUCUGUCCAGAAUGUGUUCCCCUGAGCACACGUAGGUUUUAUUUUGUAAAAGGGUUCAAAUAUAAAGUCAUCUUUAAUCCUCACAAGGCUGGCAGAGAGGGAGUAUUGACAUUGAAGGGAACUGAUAUCCAAGGAAGAAAGGAUAAGACUAAAAUGGCCAAUGGGUCAGGGAGACAGGCCGCGUAAAACACACAGCCUUGGAACAUGAGGGUUUGAGACCAAAAACCUUGGACUGGACUUCUGCCACUUCAUUGCCCAUAACUUGGGAAAAUUGUAGGCCCUUGGUAAACCUGUUUCUGUUUUGUCAAAUGCGAUCAUGCCCACCUGCAGUACCUGCAUGGGAGAGCUGUGGAUAACUGACCGAAAGAGUAAGAAUAGAGGGACACCUUAUAUCAUGCUAGGGUUACUAAAAGGGAGCUGGGGGUCUUGGGGCUCUCCUAGCCUCCACGGGGACUUGAUCAGAUUAAUUCAGCUGUUGUAUUGAGGCUCUAGGAUGAAAGCUACUGGGCAGGUGAGUUGCAGUGAGGGUCCACCUAGGGUCAGGGGCCUCAAUUUCUCAUGUUUCCUGGGAUUCUAAGCUUGUCCCUGAAAACUGGAGCAUGGAUCAGGGAAGCCCCAUUCUCUAGGAAGGGGUAGGGGCAUUGGCCAGAGCAUCUUCCCUCACCUUGUCUCAAAAGCAAAAAGAUUGACAAAUAUAGACCAAAUCUCACCCCAGUAACUAUUUAUUUCCCUGCUCCCUUCUGGGACUCCUGAGCUGCUCCUCCCAGAAGAACACAACAGACCCAAAUUCCAGGCCCUCUCUCCCCACCUCAUGGUGACCUAAGUUCCAUAGGUUCAGUUCUAAGGAAUUCUCACUGUACCCGCCAUCCCCACACCAAGGCCUGGAAGAGACUGUUAGUCACAGAAGAAAGCACAUGAUAUCUGCCAG